CCAACCCUAGGUUAAGCCACCCUCUUCCUCCACCAGUCUCGUCUGCCUUCUUCCGCAUCUCUCUAAGUUUUAAUCCGUUAAAAACAUGGAUGAUUCCUCCAAAAGUCGGUUCUACGGGGCGAAAACAAUUGUCUUCUGGCAAUUCGAGGAAUGCCCGAUCCCUGAUGACAUAAUUUCUGAUGAAGUCGAAGCGAACAUCUCAAGUGCCAUUAGGGAUAUGGGUUAUUAUGGCCCGUUAACCGUGAGGGCUUAUGGUGAUAUCUACAAGUUGCAGAGGGAAUGUUGUGGAUUUCUUAUCUUUUACGCAACCUCGGAAACGACACAGGACAAGAUUUUAGUGGACUUACUUGGCCAAGCAGUUUUUAGGUCUCGUGAUAGUCCACUUAAUUUGAUGCUGAUCCUCGGAGACAUCUCGAGACACGCAGGGUUAUUGAGGGCUAUUCGCGUUUUGGUUUCGCAUGGAAACUUCAAUGUUAUCUUAACACAGCCUCAAGAGGUGGCAUUUGGACAGCUACCUGAUGGUGUUGAUACAGUGUGGCUUUGGGAAAGCCUAGCAGUUCAAGCAAGGAUGGUGAGUCGGGAUAGUGGACCUGCAGUGUCAACCGAGGAGCUAUCAAACAUUAGAUCGGCUCUUGAGAAUUUGAAUUAUCGUGGUACGUCGUCCAUCUAUGCUUAUGGCGAUAUGAAUCAGAUCAAGGCUGGCCUUGAAAACACCAGAUUCGUGGUCAAACAGCAUAAACCCGCAGAAGAAGCGCAUAAGGAGUAUCUUGGUACAACAUCCAUCUGCGAUACGGAAGACCUUGUAUCACCUGAUAUCGUGGUCAAUGACACACCCUUAGGAGAUAAACAUGCGAGACUUGAGAAGAUUAUAAUAGACUCUUUUUCCUGGGCACUUGACAAUCCUACAGCAGUAAAUUUGAUGUUUAUCCUGGGAGACAUCUCAAGCGACCAUGUGUUCAUAAGUGCUUUAUACAAUUUAGAUGCGGCAAAAUACAAAGUUCUCUUAGCACAGCCUGCAUUCGCAUCAAAAGCUCCUCCUGUUGUGCGUGCAAAAUGGCUUUGGGAAUGCCUAUCAGCUGGAGGAGACCCUAUUGUUGACGACCAAACCGAAAGCGAUGAUUCCCAAUUCGAAUACGUAAGCGAUAUGAACCAAUUGGAUGACCAAAUCGAAAGCUCACAACGUCUUCACAAUACUUCUUAGUGUAGCCGGAUCCCAAAACGCUUUUUUGCUACUGGAAUAUUAGUUUGUACUUUGGUUGACCUUACUGCUGGGGGUAGCCAAAUCCCACUCCCAUGUGGCCUUCUUUCUGUUGGAUCACUAGUUUGUACCGUGGUUGCUUUCUUCCUCGACCUUUAAUUAGUCUUUUGUAUGGCCAAGGCUCUAGCUAGUUUGUAUUGUGAUGAUUGCUUGCUUUUGUGGCUGUCUAUGCUCAGCCUAACAUUUCUCUUUUAAUUAAAGCUUUCUGUUUAU